GCCCUACACCGGGCCCUACGGGGCCCCGGCAGGAGCGGACACCAUGGAGGACACCUAGAGGAGUCCGAGCCAGAGGGCUGGUGCGUUGAAAGUAGUACAAUGGAAUAUUCGCGGGCUUAAGGACUGGAAACUUGAUAACAAUGAGUUACGGGGUAUAGCGGGUAGUUAUGACAUUGUGGUGAUUACGGAAACGCAUUUAGUGGGAGAUACGGUAGUGAAGGAGAUGCUACCGUCGGGUACGCUCCUGUUCACAGUAGAUGGCACGCCCAACAGAGGUGGGGUAGCUGUCUGGGUAAAUCGUAUGUUAGCUAGGGAUGUGCAGCUCCUUGGUGUGUCUAAGGUUCCUAAGGGCAUGGAGAGUAUCUGGUUAAGGGUGAAAGGGCAUGCUCUUAAUAUGGGGGGGCGUAGUUUGCUGAUAGCAGCCUGUUAUGCAGCACCCCAAGGUUCUGUUCAGUACAAUGACCAUGCGGGUAGAAGGCGUACUGACACCGUGGAUCGUGUUUUUGGUCGACUCCGUGCCUUGUUGCGAAGAUAUGUGCGUCCAUGCGAUGAAAUCCUCAUUUUGGGGGACCUCAAUGCGCGAGUAGCCAGCUUGAGUGAUAUACCAGAUCUCCAGGCUGAUGCUGAACUGGAGGCGGCGGCAGGUGUGUCGAUCGGAGGUAAUGGGCUCAUUCAAGGCAUGCCGAGCAGGCGCAGUAAGGACCCAUCCAGCAACCCAUUUGGGCAAGGUUUGGUCGAGCUGUGCCGCGAAACUGAACUGAUUAUCAUGAAUGGUCGUGUGCCCGGUGACAUGGAGGGUGAGUUCACGUUCUACCACGCCCACGGCCUUGCCUGCAGUAUGAUUGAUCUUUUUGUCUGCACGCCUGCUUUGUUCUCGCGGGCGUCGCAUUUGCAAGUGCUUGGCAUCCCCAUUGCUAUAGAGGGGCCUAAAGUGGGAUCGAGGCUCAGCGAUCACUGCCCGGUGUCACUCACUCUGGACGUUGGAUUAGGAGGAACGCGAAGGGGUGGCAACACGGGUUCCUCUCGCCUGGGGAAACGUGAGUGGGAGCGGUACACGCGCCUAUUUGAGGUAGAAGAUGCUGCUGUCGUACAGAAGAUUGACGAGGCUGUUAGCCAACUGGGCCAUGGUCUUAACAGUACGGAGGUUGUUACAGUGAUCUGUCGGGCUCUUAAGAAGGCUAUUGACGCCACGUUUCGUCUUGAGAGGGGGCAAGGGUCCAUUCCUAGUGCAGGCAGGACGGACAAGGAUGCGCCUUGGUGGACACAUGAGUGUGCGGAAGCCCGUGAGGCCAUGUUUGCUCAAAAGGCGCUCAUGCGUGCUAACGGUCUGCUGGGGGAUCAGGAUGCCAGAGCUGAGUUCAGUCGGUUGCGCACGAAGUAUCAACGUCUACGCAGGGAGGCUAAGGACAAGUUCCGGGUCAUGCAUUUUGAAGGAGUUAUCGAAGAAUGUCGGGGGGAUCCACGGGCGCUGUGGGGUCGGCUGAAUGGCAGAUUUAGUCAGGGGUGCCCUAUCACGGAUGUCAACAGUUGGGGAGCCUACUUUAAUGCGCUGUUUAAUGGGGAAGUCAAUGCGUUUAACGAAGUUUCCGCGGACACCAUCCUUAGUACCAUCAACGGUGUGCCACAUGGGAGGGGAAGAGGAUGGGUAAGGGCGACAGGCGAUCGAGUAGCACGAGUCACCGCUGCUGCUGCGCUCAAUGUUCCGUUCACCUUGGCGGAAGUCAUUGCUGCGCUGAAGUCUUUGCGUAAUAACAAGUCUGGGGGUUUGGACAGAGUACCGGCUGAAUGUUUCAAGUGUGCGACGAGAGAGGUUGAGGGUAGAAGGAUGUUUGUUUUAGCCCCUUACCUGCUCAAGCUACUAGAGCAUAUCCGCAGCACGGGGGAUUAUCCUGUGCAGUUUGAGGUCUCUGCGCUCACGCCCAUCCACAAAAAAGGCGAUGUGAUGGAGAAGGGUAACUAUAGGGGUUUAGCAGUGGGUGGUGUUUUGUCUAAGCUUUAUGCGUUUAUGUUGGAGCACAGGCUGUCUCGUUGGGGCGAGCUGGUGGGAGCUAGGUCGCCGUAUCAGGGAGGUUUCCGACGCAAGCGGGGUACCUGCCACAACCUGUUUUUGUUGCGACAUCUGACGGACAAACAUAAGGGGGGGCGAGAUGCAGUUGACCCCCUGUUCGUUUGUCAGAUUGACUUUGAGAAAGCGUUUGACAAGGUGCCACGUGAUCUCUUGUGGUUAAGGUUGGAGGAACGGGGUGUGCAUGGCGCUAUGCUGGAGGCUCUCAAGACUUGUUACAACAAGGUCAUGAUGCGUGUCAGGGUAGACGGAGUGACGGGGGAUCCUUUUGAAUCUUCGCAGGGAGUCAAGCAAGGAUGCCCUCUCAGCCCUACGCUUUACGGGAUUUUUGGCGAGGGGUUUGCUGACUAUGUUGACGCUAAGGAUAAGUGGCUCCCUGAUGCUAUGCGCGCUAAGCAGCAGACUCCCCAUGCGGAUGGCCGGCGUAUCCCGUUGGAACUGUAUGCCGACGACCUCAGCCUUUUCGCUACGACGCACAGACGGCUGAUUGUGUUGCUUGCUGAUUUGAGAGAGUGGUGUGAGGCCUUUGGGAUGCGGGUGAAUGUUCGUAAAUGUGAAUUGAUGGUUUUCCACCCUCGUGCCAAUAUCCGCGAGGCUUUUGCUGCCCUUUGCCCCGUGGUGUGGACUUCUAUUGAGGGAAAUGCGCGAGUACCUAUGGUUAUUCCUUGGGUACAACGAGCCCGUUACCUUGGUUUGCACUUUGGUCCUGGCACACCGUUUGUUUCCUGCACAGAGGAACUGUUGACCUCUGGCCGACGUGCUAUGUUUUCUCUUCAGCGUAAAUUAAAACGCCUAGGUCUUUUGGUCCCUGCUGUUGCAGUUAAGUGCUUCGACGUGCAAGUCCGCUCCAUCUUGUCGUACGGUGUCCAGGUGUGGGGGCCUGAUGUGGUGCUGAAGCUAAUGACGGACUGCGAGAAUUCCGCGAGGUACUUUGACAGAUCCUUGCGGGACCCAAUGGUGCAGUUACAAAGGGAAUUUCUUCGGGAGAUUGCGGGUGUGAAAGUCUCGCCUGAUAAGUUGCUGUUUAAGGAGUUUAACCAGCGCCCCUUGCAUGUCUUCUGGCUGGAACUGUUUCUGAGGUUUUGGAAUGACCUGGUCAAGCAGAAGGACACGGUCUACCACCAGACGUUGCGAGGUGAAAUUCGUUCGGCUCUCAGUACUGAGCAUUAUGAUGGCUGGGGUUCUAAGGUGUUGAAGAUUCUGAAAAUGUUAGGGACGGAUUUGACGGCCUUGGGGGGUGAAUUGGACUUGAAUGCGCGUGUGGAACGUAUUGCUGGCACGGAGCUAAAUGUGUCUGCUCUCACUAAAAAGUUUGCUGAUAGAAUGGAUGCGGAUUGGGAGGAUAGGAGUUUGGAAGAUGACCCGCGGCUUUUCAACCCAGUAGACCCCGUACCAGGGGUUGGAGUUAAGAUGUGCAGGUACAAAAAUUGGAUGGGUGACCCGGUUGACAGGGGGUACAUUACUCAGCGGCAGCAUGUGAACCUGAUGCGUUUUCGGCUGUGUGUGUGGGGCAUUGAAGCCAAUCGCCCUAGGGGUAGGCAACGAGUAGCGCGUGUCUGUCCUAUGUGUGCCGUGCAGGGGUCGCCGGGGAGAGUGGAAGAUGAGAAACACAUCCUCAUUGAAUGUCCCGCUUACGAUGAUUUGCGUGAUAAGAUAUGGGAAAGUGGUGUCCCACGGGAUGCUGAUAUGAUUGCUGUCAUGGGCAUGGAGAAUCAGGCAUUGCUUGCUAGCGUAAUCACUAGCAUGCGAAGUCGCAGGAUUGCGCAGACAGGGUUUAUCAUAUGAUUAGCGUUCUGUUUGUUGUCUCUUUUGUUUACUUUUCUUCUUUUGGUUGUUUUCGCGUUUUGUGCU